CUACGCAUUUAAAAGUCAACAUAAGGACGGACUACUCAUAGCCACAAAUCCAGAGGCUACGCACUUAGCUAUGGACGUUUGAUUGAUAAACGCUCUGCCCUUCAUCAUUCUACCUGUUUGAUGUUGGAAAGGAGAACACGAGCGAGUCCUUUCUAAUGAUAUAUAAUCUAUUAUAAUUGGUUUACGUCUUGGAGGUUAUUUUAAACUACAGUACAUCAUUUCCAAAGCCAGUCCUCGCAUAGUGCAAAGAUGCAACUUCCACUUACAUUCAUUCUGUUUUUCAAUUUAAGUUGGGGUCUUCCAAUUGACACGGUCAUUCUGUUCCAGCGGUCGGGAGUGGUCGGCGAGAUGGAGACCGUCGAGCAGGUGUUGGUCAACGGAGCACCUCUCUCCGGCAGCGGGAAAUACGUCAGUGGCAUUCUCCGUGCUGUAUUGAUGGGCAACUACGAGUCUUUUCAGCAGGCGUUCGAGAUCGAAGAAAAUGUCACCAACACCAUGACAAAAAAUCCUACUUACCAGUACCUGCGUGUGCGUGAAUGCAAACUGAAUGGAUUUCGAGUGGUGCAUUCGACCGACCAGCUCCUUGUCAACGGGAAUGACUUCCUGACUUUGGACCAAUCCACAGACACCUGGACAGCUGAGGUACCACAGGCCCUCUCACUCAAACAGCUUUGGGACUGGGACACUGAGUUCACGAGGAGGGAGAAGAUGCAACUCCAUGAGAGCUGUACCGAACUGAUGAAGGAACUCAGACAUUCCGAGCCCACCACCAAUAGAGGAACGUCCCUGCUGACUGUCCUGGCUCCACUGUUUGCAUGCCUGACCUUUGUUGUCAUGGUUAUUGCAAGCUUCCUCAUCUCUAAACAACGAGAUCCCAGAGUUUCCAGACACCCUGGAGGUGUACUUGGCUCCAUUGUCCACUACUAUCAGAAUGUCACAGAAACACAAUCAGGAAAAGACUACCAGGCCCUCUAAAACUCAACCCACCUCCGCUCAUCCACCUCUGAUGACUGCUCUGUGAAGGGAGUUGUACGAGAUCUUCAGUUUCUUGGCAAUUUCUCACAUGGAAUAGCCUUCAUUUCUCAGAACAAGAAUAAAGUGACGAGUUUCAGAAGAAA